GAGAGACCGGCCUUCCUUUUUUUUCCUCUUCCGAAUCUCUCUGGUAAAAAUCAUCCUAAAGCCAUAGAAAAUUGUCCGAGAACUCAAGCGCGAUUCAAAAACCCUAAUUUUCGGAUUCAAGACGAUUCUUCAGUUCCUGGGUUUCUCUUAAUCGAUUCGAGUCCAUGGACAAGGAAGAAUUGAAGAAACUGAAUCAUUUGUCCCUCGUCUCCAAUGUCUGCAACGAAUUGGAGACCCAUCUAGGUUUCGGGGACAAGGUUUUGGCCGAGUUCAUCAUCGAGCUCGGGCGGAGCAGCGAGACGGUCGAUGAAUUCGACUCGAAGCUGAAGGAGAAUGGCGCAGAGAUGCCGGAUUACUUUGUCCGAUCCCUGUUGACGAUAAUCCACGGGAUUUACGCGCCGACGCCAAAAUCGGAGAAAGAUUCGAAGAGGAAAGGGGAAGAUGGAGGUGGGGAGAAGGAGAAAUUCAAGGCUUUGGCAAUCAAGGACAGUAGAGACAGAGUGAAGGAGCUGGAGAAGGAACUCGAGAUAGAAGCUCGGGAGAGACAGAGAGAAGGUAGAGAAGAUGAAUAUCGUAGGAGAGAUAGAGAUAGAGAUAGGGAACGAGACCGAGGCACAGAUAGAGAUAGAGAACGUGAUAGGUAUGAUAGAAGGGAUCGGCAUGGAGGAAGGAAUCAUGGGGGUGAUGGUGAUUAUAAUCAUGAAGAUAGAAGAAGGGAUAGGAACAGAGACAGCCGUAGGGGAGGAGAUGAUUGUAUCGAGGACGGUAGAGACACUAGGGAGAAUGAGGGGUAUCGAGAGAGUAAUGGGCGGCAUCGUAGGAGCAAUGAGCCUGAAUUGUAUCAGAUUUACAAAGGUAGAGUGACCAGGGUGAUGGAGUCGGGUUGUUUCGUUCAGUUGGAUGAGUUUCGGGGGAAAGAAGGAUUAGUCCAUGUUUCUCAGAUAGCGACGAGGAAGGUUAGCAAGGCAAAAGAUGUGGUGAAAAGGGAUCAGGAAGUUUUUGUUAAAGUAAUAUCAGUUUCCGGUCAGAAGUUGAGUCUUUCUAUGAGGGAUGUUGAUCAGAAUACUGGCAGAGAUUUGAUUCCUUUGAAGAGGAAUUCGGAUGAUAAUACAUUGAGGAGUAAUCCGUCUGGGACAAGGGAUGGACCUACGACAAAGACUGGUAUUUCAGGAAUUCGGAUUGUGGAAGAGGAGGAUGUCGCUCCAUCACGCAGGCCGUUGAAGAGAAUGAGCUCGCCCGAGAGAUGGGAAGCACAACAGUUGAUUGCCUCUGGUGUAUUAAGAGUUGAAGAUUUUCCAAUGUAUGAUGAAGAAGGAGAUGGGAUGCUUUAUCAAGAGGAGGGUGCUGAAGAGGAGCUUGAGAUUGAAAUGAAUGAUGAUGAACCUGCAUUUUUGCAGGGGCAAACCAGGUACUCCGUCGAUAUGUCUCCGGUUAAGAUCUUCAAAAAUCCCGAGGGUUCUUUGAGCCGAGCAGCUGCACUUCAGUCUGCUCUCAUCAAGGAAAGAAGAGAAAUGAGGGAGCAGCAACAAAGAACAAUGCUUGACUCGAUCCCUAAGGAUCUGAAUCGUCCGUGGGAAGAUCCUAUGCCCGAGACAGGUGAAAGGCAUCUUGCCCAGGAGCUUAGGGGUGUCGGGUUAUCAGCUUAUGACAUGCCUGAGUGGAAGAAGGAUGCUUACGGGAAAACAGUGACUUUUGGGCAGAGAUCGAAGCUUUCUAUCCAGGACCAAAGGGAAAGCUUGCCGAUAUAUAAGCUGAAAAAGGAACUGAUACAAGCUGUUCAUGAUAAUCAAGUUUUGGUGGUCAUUGGUGAGACUGGGUCUGGUAAGACAACACAGGUGACUCAGUAUCUGGCGGAAGCGGGCUACACUACAAAGGGAAAAAUCGGUUGUACUCAACCUCGUCGGGUUGCUGCCAUGUCUGUUGCCAAGAGAGUUGCUGAGGAGUUUGGUUGUCGUUUGGGUGAGGAGGUCGGGUAUGCGAUUAGGUUUGAGGAUUGUACUGGACCGGACACUGUGAUCAAGUACAUGACUGAUGGUAUGCUUCUUAGGGAGAUUCUUAUAGAUGAGAAUCUCUCUCAGUACUCGGUUGUUAUGCUUGACGAAGCUCACGAGAGGACAAUCCACACCGAUGUCCUUUUCGGUCUUCUGAAGAAACUGGUGAAACGUAGGCCUGAUCUUCGUCUCAUCGUCACAUCUGCCACAUUGGAUGCAGAGAAGUUCUCUGGGUAUUUCUUCAACUGUAAUAUUUUUACAAUUCCGGGAAGAACGUUCCCUGUAGAGAUACUGUAUACCAAACAGCCAGAAACAGAUUAUCUGGAUGCUGCCCUGAUCACGGUCCUACAGAUACACUUAACUGAACCCGAGGGUGAUGUUCUCCUCUUUUUGACCGGUCAGGAAGAGAUUGAUUUCGCGUGCCAGUCUCUUUACGAGAGGAUGAAAGGCCUAGGCAAAAAUGUUCCUGAACUCAUCAUUUUACCGGUGUAUAGUGCGCUCCCUAGUGAAAUGCAAUCUAGAAUUUUUGACCCUGCUCCUCCCGGUAAGCGGAAAGUGGUUGUGGCUACGAAUAUAGCGGAAGCUUCUUUGACAAUAGACGGAAUAUACUAUGUCGUGGAUCCUGGUUUCGCCAAGCAGAAUGUGUAUAAUCCGAAGCAAGGGUUGGAUUCUCUUGUCAUAACUCCGAUUUCUCAAGCAUCAGCCAAGCAAAGGGCUGGACGUGCUGGUCGUACUGGGCCUGGAAAAUGUUACCGUCUCUACACCGAGAGUGCAUAUCGGAACGAGAUGCCUCCUACAACGAUUCCUGAGAUUCAAAGGAUCAAUCUCGGGAUGACAACUCUGACCAUGAAGGCGAUGGGCAUCAAUGAUUUGUUAUCAUUCGACUUCAUGGAUCCUCCUCAACCCCAAGCCUUGAUUUCUGCAAUGGAACAGCUGUACAGUCUUGGAGCCUUAGACGAGGAAGGUCUUUUGACAAAACUCGGUAGAAAGAUGGCAGAAUUUCCUCUGGAACCACCUUUGUCUAAGAUGUUACUCGCCAGUGUGGAUCUCGGGUGUAGUGACGAGAUUUUGACGAUAAUUGCCAUGAUCCAGACGGGCAACAUAUUCUAUCGACCCAGAGAGAAACAAGCUCAGGCUGAUCAAAAGAAGGCCAAGUUUUUUCAGCCUGAGGGCGAUCAUUUGACUCUUCUUGCUGUAUAUGAAGCCUGGAAGGCCAAAAACUUCUCCGGACCUUGGUGUUUCGAGAAUUUCAUUCAGGCUCGGUCUCUACGUCGUGCUCAGGACGUAAGGAAACAACUUCUCAGCAUCAUGGACAAGUAUAAACUCGACGUGGUGAGUGCGGGCAAGAAUUUCAUGAAGAUAAGGAAAGCGAUCACUGCAGGGUUCUUCUUCCACGCAUCGAGAAAAGACCCGCAGGAAGGGUACAGAACCCUGGUGGAGAAUCAAGCGGUGUAUAUCCAUCCGAGCAGCGCGCUGUUCCAGAGGCAACCCGAUUGGGUGAUAUACCACGAGCUCGUGAUGACGACGAAGGAGUACAUGAGGGAAGUGACGGUGAUCGACCCGAAAUGGCUCGUGGAAUUGGCACCGAGGUUCUUCAAGGUGUCUGACCCUACAAAGCUGAGCAAGCGUAAGCGCCAAGAACGGAUCGAGCCGUUGUAUGAUAGAUACCACGAGCCGAACUCCUGGCGUCUCAGCAAACGGCGUGCCUGAAAUCAUCACCCGUCUUCGAACGAAGGAUUCUGUUACGUCUCUAUUGCUUUUGUAUAUAUGUUUCGUUUGUGUUCCGGUCAUAACUCAAAGGGCUUACUCUACUUGUGUGUUGUUCAACGUUUGUUGUCGGAUGUUUUCCGUGGAGGCCGAAACGACGUCGCGUACCUUUCUGUCUUGUUUUGAACUAUCAAAAUAUGUGCUUUUGACCAACCAUUUUUUUACCAUUCCUAUAAUAUUGGGUUUGCGUUUUUUA